AUGGCGUACUUUGCGACGCUGAGUGACUCUGCGGAUGGGCCAGGUGCCGUUUCGCGUUGGGAGCCAAUGCAAGAGCACAAGCCACCACCACCACUGCUGCACAUCGACACGAACCUUGUCAUACAACCAGGAACAAGCUCUUCUCAGACGAGUCUGACACAUGCUGCCGAGGAGCCUGGCGACCCGCGAUCAAGCUCCCGUAGGAGCAGUCACCUCUCGACCACCAACAAGCGAUACCCCGCGCGGUCCAAGACGAUCAUCAAAGCUCCUGCUGCCUUGGAAUCAAACGAAGAUCGGCUGGAUGAGCUGGCAAGACUGAUGGCGUUGGCGGCUCCGUUGGAAGCGCGACUCCAGCAGCUUGAGCCGUGGCGUGCUGCCGCCACGCUUGUGGCCAAGGACGCCUGGCACAAAACAUCUGGCAAGCAGUUCCAAAUGCUCGAUGCCACGCUCCAGGCUGCAUCGGCGCGCCGGCGUCGCGACCUGAUGAGUGAUUGGCAGUUUCCAGCCAACACCACGCUCGCUCGCGUCGAGCCAGCGAGGAUGCCGUCAACCAACGCGCGUCUUCCCGUGCCCAACCCAUCCAAAAUCGCGCACUCCCUGUUCACGGUGGAGCACAACCUGCCUGCAAGCCUCGCAUUACCCGCGUUCGUAUCCGGUCCAGCUCGCUCUGCCGUCUCUUCAGCUCGCAUCGCGCUCCCCAAGAGAUUUCUCUUGAUUGGCGUGCUCUCUGCCAAUACAUAUCGUCGUGCUGCUAUUCGAGAAACGUGGGCGGCCGAUGCGUUCAAGCACGGAGUGGAAGUUCGGUUUGUUCUGACGGAAACGGAAGGAAAUGGCGCGGCCGUUCGAGAUGAGCAGGCGCGAUACGGUGACCUCCUCCUGAUCAAAGACAAGGUCAACUAUCAUUCGCUGGUGCGCAAGACGUACGGCUUUUUGCGCUGGGCCCUGCAAGAACGCGAGGUUCGCUUCAUUUUCAAGACGGACGACGACACGUUUGUUAACAUUCCACGGCUUUUGCGCUUUUUGACCACACAGGCACCAAUACGGCAGCUCAUCAUGGGCUAUCCUUGGGUCGACAAGCCGAUCGCAACGGCGGCCACCGCCUUCUCACGGAAUGCCGAGUACGCCAACAGCACCGGACUCGACCGCUAUCCAAAGUACAUGUCUGGGGCUGGCAUUGUCCUUACACCCGAUGUGAUUCGCUCGCUGAUUGUUGCACAGCAUUAUGUGCCCAUGCAUCAAUGGCCUCGCGAAGAUGCAACGUUUUCGGCGUGGAUCUGGGGUUUGAAUCUGCAGCGAUGGCCCCAAAUUGAGUUCCUUCCGUUGUCUGAGCGUGCGCCCAAUGUCGACAUGUGCAUCAACAUGUUUCUGCAUCACUGCGAUGUGUUGAGCACCGCGGUGAAGGCCAUGCAGAACUGCACUCCAGCUUAA